UCUAGCGUCAUUUCCGUUUUGAUGAGCGCGCCUUGCACCAUGCGAGCUAAAUGUUUUGUCGCUUUGAAUCAUAAGACAACUUUGGUUGAAUUCAGUUGAUUUCAGAUUAUUUAUGACUAUUGCUAAACGAUUAACUGCGAGCGGAGAUAUUAACAAUACUCUUUAGUGUUACAUAUCCAUAGAUUGCUGAUCGUAGGAAGAUCUGAUAUGGUCUGAUUUGGACCACUUAUUCUCUCAGAUAGGACUGCUGUAUGGACUUGUUCAUGAUGAACUGUGAGUUAUUGGCCACAUGCAGUGCACUGGGUUAUCUGGAAGGAGAUGUUUACCACAAAGAGCCAGACUGCCUUGAGAGCGUGAAGGAUCUGAUUCGUUACUUGAGACAUGAGGAUGACACAAGGGACAUCAGGCAGCAGCUGGGAGCUGGACAGAUCCUUCAGAAUGACCUCUUACCCAUCAUCACCCAGCACACACAGGACAAAGCGCUCUUUGAUGCCUGUAUCAGGCUAAUGGUGAACCUGACCCAGCCAGCGCUGCUCUGCUUUGGAAAAGUUCCUGAUGAUCCAGCCUUCCGCCAUCACUACCUCCAAGUGACGUCAUACCUUCAGGCCUAUAAAGAGGCAUUUGCAGAUGAGAAGCUCUUUACUGUGCUGAGUGAAACACUCUACAACCUUCUGCAACUGGACUGGGAGCAAAGAGCUGAGGAGGAUAAUUUACUGAUUGAGAGAAUUUUGCUGCUGGUUAGAAAUGUGUUGCAUGUCCCUGCAGACCCGGAUGAGGAAAAGAAUGUGGAUGAUGAUGCCAGUAUUCAUGAUAAACUGCUAUGGGCCAUUCACAUGAGUGGGCUGGAUGAUCUGCUUAAGUUUCUGGCGUGUGCUCAGAGUGAACAGCAAUGGAGCUUCCACAUCCUGGAAAUCAUCUCCCUCAUGUUUCGAGAUCAGACUCCUGAGCUUUUGGUGAAUGCAGGACAGAUGCGUUCAGCCCAGGAGAAACAGAAAGACAUGCAGGAGCUGGAGUUACUCAGGCAGAAAGAACUGGCGGAAAAACGCAGCCGCACGUUAUUGAGAGGUGCCAGACACUCUCGUUUUCGUGGCUCUUAUGUCAUUGAAGGACUGAAGUCCAUUGGGGAGAAAGAUGUGAUUUUUCACCAAGGACUUCACAAUUUUAAGAACUAUUCUCAUGAUGUGGGUAAGCCCGUGAGGCGUGUACCUAAACGCAAACAAAUGGCUCGAGAUUUAGAGAGCCAGCGACGCUCAGCGUUGAAUGUACGUCUCUUUCUGCGUGAGUUCUGCAUCGACUUUUUGGAGAACUGCUAUAAUCGACUUAUGUACCUUGUGAAGGAGGGGUUGAUCCGUGAACGGGCCCAGCAGCAUGAUGAGACGUACUAUCUGUGGGCUAUAACAUUCUUCAUGGCUUUUAACCGUGGUCAGAAUUUCAGACCGGAUGUGGUGUCUGAGACCAUAUCUAUCCGCACCUUUCAUUUCAUUGAGAAGAACAUCACCAACUACUAUGAGAUGAUGCUCACUGACCGGAAAGAUGCCACAUCCUGGUCUCGCAGGAUGCACUUGGCUCUGAAGGCGUAUCAGGAACUGCUUCUGACAGUAAAUGAAAUGGAUCGCUCAAAGGAUGAAAACAUCCAACACAGUUCCAAUGUAAUAAAGAGCAAUAUCUUUUAUCUGAUGGAGUUCAGGGAGAUUUUUCUGACUCUCUUACGUAAAUAUGAUGAGCGAAUGCAGCCACACUCAUUUCUCAGAGAUCUGGUGGAGUCCACACAUCUGUUUCUGAAGAUGCUGGAGAGGUUCUGCAAGGGUCGAAACAAUCUGGUAGUACAGAAAAAAAGAGUGAAACGAAGGAAAUGUAGCCAGAAGACCCUUCAAACAGAGCCCACAGCUGAAGACCUGGAGCAGACAUGGCAAAUAGUGUCUGAAGAACUCAGAACAUCUGGCUUUCAGUUGUCAGAGAGUUUGACAGAGGGUGCUGUGCCCUUUGAUGCCACAUCUGAGACUCCAGUGGAUGAGCAGAGAACAGAAGCACUGGUCAGGAUUCAAGACUGUAUAAUGUCUCGCGCAGGACCUGAAGCUUUGAGUUUACUCCGUGCUGCACGGGCAGUGUGGCCUGAAGGAGAUGCAUUUGGAUCUGUUGAGGUGGAACCUGAGGAGGAACUAGAACUUCUGAAGCAGAUACUUUUCACUAAACUCCCAAAGUCGGUUCCUUUAGAUUCUGCUCUUGAGGAAGAGGAUGGAGUUGAGUUGGAGGAAGAGGAAGAGCUGGAGUCUGUUGCUGUGUCUGAGACGGAGUUCAACUACUUAGAUUUCAUUAAGAGGUUUGCCAGUCCAAAUGUUGUGCGUCCAUACAUUAUCCUGCUGCGCUCGUACUCCCAGAACUCUGUUCACACCAAUCACUGCAUCACACGCAUGCUGCAUAGACUGGCUGUGGAUCUAAAGAUGGAGACAUUACUCUAUCAGUUGUCCAUCUUUUCCCUGUUUAAUAAGAUCUUGGGAGACCCAGCGGCGACCGCCUAUCAGGAGCUUGUUACAUUUGCAAAAUAUGUUCUGAACCGGUUCUUUGUAUUUGCUACUAAAAACAACAAAGCGUUUGUGGAGCUGCUGUUCUGGAAGAAUGUAGGUGCUGUAAGAGAAAUGACAGAGGGAUAUAAUAAAGACGGGGAAGGCAAGAAAAAAGGCAAUUGGACUCCUGAGGAAGAGGAACAGCUUCAGCGAUUGUAUGAAGAAUACAAGGAAUCUGGAGUGCCAGAUAUUGUUGAGACGAUAUUACCGUUGCUGAGCAGCAGCCACACUAGACGUGACGUGGUGUCUCACAUGGUGUCCAUGGGUUUAGUGGACAGUGUGAAGGAUUUAAAGAAAGAAAGGAAAGGUACUCGUAUCGUACUCUGGACUGAAGAACAGGAGCAAGAACUCCAGGUGCUCUUUGAGGAGUUUAGAGACUCUGAUGAUAUGCUUGGAAAUAUUCUAAAGCGGAUCACAGCCAAGCGUUCAAGGGCACGAAUAGUUGACAAGAUCCUCAGCAUGGGUCUAGUGUCCGAUCGCAGAGAUCUUUACAAGAAGAGAAAACGCAGUGCUCCAGGGAGGAGUGCUGGAAUGACAGAGGAAGAGUUCUUUGAUUUGACUGAAAGGUCACAGGAGAAGGAACUGGACAUAGAGGAAGAAGAGGAGGAUAAAUCUGAUCAAGAUGAAGAUGAGCAAGACUAUGAAGAGUAUGUUGGCAACUCAGUCAAAGAAGGACAAAAGAGCAUGAGUAGAGACAAUGCUUUGGAGAGAAUUCAUAGUCUGAGAAACAUGGUCCAGACUUUACAGCAACAAGGUCUGUCAGGGCCUGUCCUGUGGCUACAGAAUUCCCUUAACAGAACUGCUGAUGACCGCGAGGAGGAUGGUGUUUCUCAUCCUGUGGCACUGGUUCCUCUGACAGAGGAGAAUGAGGAUGCCAUGGACAACAAGACCUUCCAAAAACUUCUAUGCACAGUCGGCAUCCGUGCACCCGCAGAUGGACAGGAGUCUUUCUGGAGAAUUUCUUCCAGCCUGAGUGUGAAUCAGCUGAGGUCAUUAGCAGCAUCUCUUGACCUGGUUGAGACUGCAGCUGAAGGGGACUCUGAGGGAAACAAGGAGAGCAGUCUGACAGUCGAGAUGGAGGGUGAUAAUCAAGACAUGAGAGCUCAGGCACUGAGAGCUUUGCUGUUGUCACGCCAGAGGAAAUAUGACUCUUCCAAAUCAAAGGACUCUAUAUCAUGUGAGGGCAGUUCUGAUACUGUGGAACAAAGUGAUCAUAUAGAGGAGAAAAUAUCAAAGAAGAGAAGAAGAGUGUUGGAUGAUGACUAUAACGAUGAUGAUGAUGAAAGAGAUAUUUCAGAUGUGGAUCCUUUAUCCAGGAAUAACUUUGAAAGAAGCAUUGAUUCAGACCACGAGAAUGCCCCAGCUAAGCGCAGAUAUAAGAGAGUGUUAAGUGAUGAAGAGGAAGAUAACUAGAAAUGUUAAUACAGCAUAAUACAAUUAUAAAAUGA